AUGUUUCACAGAAAGUUUGAGCAUCCAAGACAUGGCUCAUUGGGUUUUCUUCCAAGGAAAAGGGCUAACAGGCAUCGUGGCAAAGUGAAGGCCUUCCCUAAGGGUGAUCCCGCUAAGCCUUGCAGAUUCACCUCCUUCUUGGGAUAUAAAGCUGGCAUGACUCACAUUCUGAGAGAAGUUGAGAAACCUGGAUCAAAGCUCCACAAGAAGGAAACAUGUGAAGCUGUGACUAUGAUUGAGACACCUCCGAUGGUAGUUGUUGGUGUGGUUGGGUACGUGAAGAGACACCACGUGGUCUGCGUACUCUAG